AUGGCUAACAGAGUACGGCUCGUUUGCAUAAUUAUCAUCGGGCUACAGGACGUAGCAGCUAAGUGCGUAAUUAAAACCAAAAUCGAUCGAACAUCGUAUACUAAAGAUGUGGCACCCUAUACCAAUGUUAAUAACGUAACGAAACGAAGCUUAGAUGAGACAAAAGAUAUCGCUAAUACAACAACUAUAGAUAAUGUAACAAACGAUAUUGUUGAAACCGAAACAAAUUUGUAUCAUAGGAAAUGCGAACUACUUAAUGUUACAGCUGACGUAUCACCACACGAAACAAGACAGCUUCAUUCGACGUAUCUAAAUAAUAUGUAUCCUGGUGUCACAAUGAAUCUGAUCCACAGCGACGAGUCGAUAAAUAAUUUGGAAGCGGAUGGAGUGAGUUUGUUUGACCUUGUCAAGAGCAAUUGUGGCAGUGCGAAAAUUUGCCCGAACGUCAGAGGAAAUUGGACUGAUACGAAUAUUAUUACAAUUGGAUUUCUUAGUGCCUACGCAUGGAGCCAGACGGUACUUGGCGCACUGCCUCUCGCUGUGGCGGCGAUUAAUCGAGAACCAACAUUGCUGCCUGGUUUGAAACUAAGAUUCGUAACAGCUGACAUAGGUCGACCGAGGCCUUUGCUACCACUGGACAAGGACAGUCUCUCCUUAAGAGUUAUGACUCAAAUGCGAGACCUCGGCGUGGUGGCGUUCUUCGGACCUGAUGGCACGUGUCAUACGGAAGCGAAACUUGCUGCCGCUUGGAAUUUACCUCUCAUAUCACAUAAAUGUGCUGGAGCUCAAGGUCCCCAGAUAGGAGGUCUGGGUGCAACUUUUGCUAGGACAUUACCCCCAGCUCACAAAGUUAGCAAGUCUGUCAUUGCUCUACUGAAGGCCUACGGUUGGACCAAGUUCGCGAUCAUUGCUGGAGAUGAACAAACUGCUGCUGAACAGCAAAUGUAUGCAAUAAAGGAGUUAUCAGAGAGCAAUGGACUAACAAUCACAGCAGAGCACCGUUUCGCUGACUACAUUCCACGUCACAUCUCACGUAUGGAGCGUAUCGUCGACCAGACGUACGACAAAACAAGAGUGUACGUGUUCCUCGGUGAGCACAUAGCGUUGGUGGACUUCGUAAACGUGUUACAAAGGCGAGGAUUGCUGGUCAACGGAGAGUACGCCGUGGUAGCCGUGGAUGACGAAAUAUAUGACCCUAAUGAUGCAGCCAUCACGCAUGCUGAUCACCUGAUCCAGAACAGCAGUAGUGACAUCUUGGCGUUUCGAGCUGUCCUCAAACUAACGCCCUCACAUCCAACCAACCCUUAUUAUCCGACUCUGUGCCAAAUGAUCCGAAAACUAUCAGCGGCGCCGCCUUUCUGCGUACCCAACUAUCACAAGAUCUUCGAAGAUACCUCUGUUCCAAUUGAAGCAGCACAUCUCUACGAUGCUGUGAUCUUGUGGGCACGCGCAGCUUCUGCUGCUAUGCGGAAUGGCCUCCCGCCGACAGAUGGCGCUACACUCAUGAAACUACUCAGACCGACUACAUACAGAUCACUUCAAGGAUUUGAUGUGAAUAUGGACAGCGCUGGUGAUGCCGAAGGAAACUUCUCGGUUAUUGGAGUUGUAGAAGAUUCUAAUGCCCCAAGCGGAUGGAGUGCUCAGCCGGUCGCUGCCUUUCGUUACACCAAUUCUACUGAUCUGCUUCCUGAAUUUGUUGGAGGCUCUACCAUAGCGUGGAUUGGAGGAAAGCCGCCUGAUGCAGAACCGGCUUGUGGAUUCAACGGGAGGAAGUGCUCAUUGCCCAAUGAUCCUGUUGUGCUGUCAGCAGCCGCUGCUGUUGCUGCUGCUGCGAUCCUGGCUGCUGCGCUGCUGGUCCGCCAUUACAGAUACGAACAAAAGCUAGCUUCUGUUCUCUGGCGGAUAGAAGCAAAGGAUUUGACAUUCAUAUCCACUUGUAAUAAGGAUUCAAUGCCGCAAGAGGUGGACAAGAAGAGAGCUCACACGACUAUAGCAACUUACCGUGGAAACAUCGUCGCCGUCAAACGACUCAAAAAGAAAAACAUUGACGUCACGCGAGCCAUUAAGAAAGAACUUAAACAAAUGAGGGAACUCCGACAUGAGAACUUGACGCCGUUUGUGGGAGUGUGUGUCGAAACUGGAGUGGCCUGCAUCGUCACAGCCUACUGCUCCCGUGGCUCCCUGGCCACGGUGCUAGCUGACAGAGACCUGCACUUGGACGACAUGUUCAUGGCGAGUUUAGUUGCAGACCUACUUCGAGGCCUAACCUAUCUCCACGAUUCAGCUCUCGUCUCACAUGGAAACUUGACCUCUAAUAACUGCUUGGUAGAUCGCCGCUGGGUGUUGCAGAUCACGGAUUAUGGACUACAUACUCUGAAAGGUGGUUGCGCAGACACGUCCGAGGACGCGUUACGCGUGGAGAGACGCAUGCUGUGGCGAGCACCAGAACUUCUUCGAGAACCGAACCCACAUCCAAAAGGAUCGCAGAAAGGGGACGUAUACUCAUUUGGCAUCAUCCUAUAUGAAAUAUUGGGAAGAAAUGGACCGUGGGGUGACACGAAUUUGAAUACCACUGACAUCAUUGGUAGAGUACGUGAACCUAUUGAGGGUGUGCUAUUCCGCCCUCCACUUGAUGGCCUGGCAGCUCGUCCGUCUGUAAUCGCAGUGUUAAAGUCGUGUUGGAGUGAGCGGCCAGACAGGCGACCAGAUGUUCGUCUAGUCAGACUGCGCCUUAAGGAUAUGCACGCUGGCAUGAAAACAAAUAUAUUCGAUAAUAUGCUGUCGAUGAUGGAGAAGUACGCGGCUAACUUGGAAGGGUUAGUAACGGCGAAGACGGAACAGCUUAUGCAAGAGAAGAAGAGGACAGAUGAUCUGCUGAAUCGAAUGUUGCCACGGACGGUUGCGGAGGCGCUUAAACGCGGUGAGCCCGUACAAGCGGAGAGCUAUGAAUGCGUCACUAUCUACUUCAGCGAUAUCGUCGGAUUUACGAAGCUCGCUGCCACUUACACGCCUAUGCAGAUCGUGGAAAUAUUGAAUGACUUGUACACAUGCUGUGACGCAAUCAUAUCUUUUUAUAACGUAUAUAAGGUGGAAACAAUUGGUGACGCAUAUAUGGUGGUGGGUGGACUCCCAGAGCGUUGUUCAAGACACGCAGCCGAAGUGGCGUCUCUCGCGCUUCAUGUCCUGGAAUCAGUACCAAAAAUACGAACCAGACAUCUGCCGGCAUCUAGACUGCAUAUUAGGAUAGGAAUUCAUAGUGGUCAAUGUGCAGCUGGUGUAGUCGGAAUUAAGAUGCCAAGGUAUUGCCUAUUUGGGGACACGGUAAAUACUGCAGCACGGAUGGAGUCCACUGGAGAACCCCAGAGGAUUCAUAUCAGCAAUGAGACUUAUAAACUGCUGAAACAACACGGUGGUUAUCAGUUCAAGGAACGAGGAAUAAUCAAUAUAAAGGGCAAAGGCGAUAUGAAGACAUGGUGGUUAAUUGGAGAAGAACAUGAAAGGCGGAGAAAAAUAAUCAAUCGAUUCGGUGAGGGCGACACGUUCGAAGAUUCCCCAUGGAACUUGGGUCGAUCCGCGCUCAACAUCAGGGAUCGGGCGCGGCUGUCAUGCGGCGGCUCGCUGGGCCCGGGCUCGGCGUUGUCGUCGCCGGGCCCAACCGCGUGCGUGUGCGUCGUGCGGCAGCGGGACCACCACUCCGCCCCCGUCGUCUCCUUCUGCGAGGACUGA